AAUAAGGACACGCUUUCCUCCAUGAGCUUCCAUUCUCACUUUUUACCUCCCAAGUGUGUACGCUGUUCGAAGGCGCGGUUUAACUAGCCAUUCAAGUGUCUUCCGAAAAAAAAAAAGAACCCCAUCCUAGCAAAUUUGACCAGUAACACUUUCUCAUGGUCAGAAGAAGAAAUGAGUCACUGGCUAAAAUGGAUUUUUUUCUGGAUAGUAAAUGCCAUUCCUUUUACUUUUGGAAUGGUGGUAACCGAUAAAAUAGGACACUUGUGCCCUCCUUUACAAUUGGAGAAAAGAUGGUAUGCCAACAUGAAAGACCGUCAUGAGUUUACAGGAUUUGAUUUGGCAGAAAAAUUUGUUCUUCGGAAGGGAACAAGUAUAGAUGACAGAACUUUCUUCAGACUAGGCAGCAAGCCCCUGGUUAAAGCCACAGAGUUGGUGUUUCCAAGUGGGCUGUCUCAUGAGUACUCCCUGGUAACUACGUUCCGACUAAGAAAAACUACAAAGAAGAAUCGAUGGUUUCUAUGGCAGCUCUUAAACCAGGCUGGAGAAUCACAAGUAUCACUAGUAGUCGAUGGGGCUAAAAAGGUGGUUGAGUUUUCUGCCAUGGGUUUUUCGAAGAACAGACUGCACUAUGUAUUCAAAAAACGGGAUUUGCAUAUUCUGUUUGACCGCCAGUGGCAUAAGCUUGGCUUAUCUGUACGAAACAGCACUGUGGCAGUCUACAUAGACUGUAAGCUGAUUGAGAUGUGUGUGACUGGAGACCGAGAUGCAGUAGACUUGGAUGGACGUGUACUUAUCACUACCAGGGUGGAGGAUGGACGACCAGUGGAUAUUGAGCUUCAGGAGAUUCUAAUCUUUUGUGAUCCCAGUGUGGCAGAAGAGGCCAAUUGCUGUGAUGCAUCAGAAGCAACUUGUGGUGGAAAGGAAACCCAUGCUCCCACAGCUUUCCCAUUGCUUAUGGAUUACCAACACCAAAUGGUGUCUCCCACCCAACAGCCUGGUGAUCAAUGUCAGUGCCGGGCAGAAAAGGGAGACCCUGGUCAUCAAGGUGCAGCUGGACUUCCUGGAGCAAAAGGAGAAAAAGGAGAGAGGGGGGAUUCAGGAAAUAAUGGGUAUCCUGGUAUCCCUGGGGAGAAGGGUGACAUGGGGAUUGCUGGCAAGCCUGGCUUAGACGGUCUUCCAGGGACUAAGGGUGAUCCUGGGCCAGUUGGAGAGCAGGGGAUUGAUGGUGAAAAGGGUGAAAAAGGAGCAACAGGAGAACCUGGUCCCAUGGGAAUACCUGGACUGAAAGGAGACCCAGGACCUCAGGGCCAACCUGGCCUGAAAGGCGACAAAGGAGAUGCAGGGUCCCCAGGUCCACCAGGCCUGUCUAAUAUAAAAGCAGGUCAAAAAGGAGACCAGGGUCCCCCGGGUGUUGCUGGAGAAAAGGGAGAAGCUGGCUUACCUGGCCCACCUGGAGCCCCAGGAAAAGAGGGCAAAAGGGGUCGCAGAGGACCUUCAGGGGAGCGUGGUAUUCCAGGACUACAGGGAGCCCCUGGAUCAUGUGAAGGCGAAGGCACCAAGGGGGAGAAAGGAGACCAAGGUGUGAUGGGAGAAAUAGGACAGAAGGGGGAAAAGGGGAAUACAGGUCAGCCUGGUCAGGAGGGUGCCCUUGGGAUUAAAGGACAGAAGGGUGAAGUUGGCCCCAGAGGACCUCCAGGCCCAGUGAUCACAGCGCAUGGGCUCAGACAUCUCUCUGUUCCAAGUGAAGCAGGAGAGAAGGGUGACAAAGGGGAAAAGGGAGACUUGGGUGAAAAAGGCACUCCAGGGCUCCCAGGUGUAAAGGGAAAUGAUGGAUUGCCAGGACAAAUUGGAAAGGCAGGUCCACAGGGCAAAGAUGGGCCACCAGGUCCUCCUGGACUUCCAGGAGAUAAGGGAUUUGUAGGGGAGCCAGGAACACCUGGGAUAGAUGGAGAGAAAGGACAGAAGGGUGAUGCUGGUGGAAUCAGAGGUCCACAAGGCCCACCAGGUCCCAAGGGUGAGCCUGGAGCUGGGGCAUUUGCUUAUACUCAAGCAGAGGCAGUACCUGGGCCAAAAGGAUCAAGAGGGCCAAAGGGAGAGAGAGGAAUGCCAGGGAUACCAGGAGUGCCAGGAGAAAAGGGAGAACCUGGUGUCGGAGUUCAUGGUCCACCUGGCAUAAUGGGACCAAAGGGGGAGCCAGGAAUAGAGGGUUCUCGAGGCCCUCCAGGUUUCCCAGGUCCUCCUGGAGCACCAGGUAGCCAGGGACCUCCAGGACGUGAAGGCAGACCAGGACCUCCUGGUGAACCAACAGCACUGCCAAUUGUUGGGGAUGUUGGCUCACUUCUGAAGAAUGCCUGCAGUGUCUGCGAAACCAGAAUACCAGGAUUACCUGGACAGAAAGGUGAGAAGGGAGCAUCCGGUGCUCCUGGUGGAAACGGCAUUCAAGGAUACAAAGGUGAUCCAGGCCUGAGAGGUCCAGCUGGUAACCCAGGAAAAGAGGGUCCUAAGGGCGUGAAGGGAGAAAGGGGAUUUCCUGGCCCAGUUGGGGACAAAGGUGAUGAGGGUCCUCCUGGUGUGCCAGGAUUUCCAGGUGCAACAGGUCCAAGUGGCCCUCCUGGUCCCAUUGGCAGACCUGGAAUUUCAGGCUCGGCAGGACCCAAGGGGGAACAGGGGAGCAAGGGUUCACCAGGCGGACCUGGACCUCCUGGACCUCCUGGUGUCCCCUAUGUCGAUGGGAAUGGAAUGAGCAGUCUAUACAAGCUUCAGAAUGUAGGACCUCCAGGAUCACCAGGACCACCGGGGACCAAAGGGGAUGAAGGAAAAGUAGGUGAACCAGGACCAAUGGGAUUGCCAGGCUUUGAAGGACUACCUGGAGUUAAGGGGGACCCUGGCAUGCCUGGUCCACCUGGAGUCCCAGGCCCUAUUGGGAAACCUGGAGUUCGUGGUGAGCCAGGAAUCCCAGGAGAGCCAGGAGCAAGAGGACCUGUGGGAGAGACAGGUUUUCCUGGACCCGAAGGACCUCCAGGUGUACCUGGUAGACCUGGAAAAGAUGGAAGCCCUGGCUAUGAGGGAUCAGCUGGAAAGCCUGGAGAUAGAGGUUCCAAAGGAGAGCGGGGUGAUCCUGGAAUCCCUGGAGAGAGAGGUGUUCAAGGAGUGAGGGGACGAUCCGGAGAAAGAGGGCCUCCUGGUACCCAAGGCCUGCCUGGUGAGAAAGGAUAUCCUGGUCCACCUGGUCCUGUAGGAUUGUUCCUGAAUGAUUACAACACCAUGCAGGAAAUUAAAAAUUUCAUCCAAAAUGAAGUAUUGCGUGUGUUUGAAGAAAGGUUAGCAAGUUACACCAUGCUUGAAAAGGUGCCAGCAGCAAUAUUGGCUGCACAUGGUCAUCAAGGCCAUCCAGGGCCCCCUGGGAAUGAUGGGUCUCCAGGUCCUCCUGGAGAGCCAGGACCUCCAGGCCCUCAAGGCUAUCGAGGGCAGAAAGGGGAGAGGGGUCAAAUAGGCAUUGGGAUUAUAGGUGCACCAGGCCCUGCAGGCCCACCAGGUCCACCUGGAAUAGGACUCCCAGGGCCCCAGGGCCCACAGGGGAAAUGCAAAAAGGAUGACUGCACCCAUGCUUUGCCUCAAACCAACGAGGAGGUUUAGACUCAACUCUGUAGUCUUCAGCCAAAGUAUGGAGACCACAAAAAUGUUCACUUUCUCAGCAUAAAAUGGCCACCAUUUAAUGUUUUGCCAAAACUAUGGUUCCGUUUGUAUUAUUUUCAUGGGUGAUUAUUUCACUCAUUAUUUCACUGACCUAGCACCUCUCAGUUUCUGUUUCUUCUCAUACUUAAUAUAUGUUUUCUUAUAUGUGUGACCAAAUGUUUGAAAUACUGGACAAUUAUUCUCAGGGUUUUUUUUUUUAAAUGAGCAGAAUAUAUAGGCUAGGUUCUUAAAUUUGUUAAUUCUUGUUUACCUCAGCUUUUUGUUGUGCAGUAGAGAAUAAAUACUUUAAUUAUUGUGUGAAGAAAUUACAGAAUAUUAGGACUUUAUUGUAUUGCCUGGCUGAAAAAGGCGCUAUUUGGAUUUAGAUAAUUGGAUAAAAUAAAAAUUACUAUAGAGAAUACAAUACACUAUAAGACAAUUCUCUUAACCAUAAAUGAUAGAGUGAGUAGCUUUUUAUUUCUUAAACCACCAAGUGGGAAGAUGUGUCCUGUUUGUCAUGAAAAAUAUGUAUUUAAGUUCUUUAAGUCAAAUUAUUGGCCUUACUAAAAGAGAAGAACUAAGGAGUUUGCUAAAAUUAUUAAAAUUUGAUUGCGAGCUGUACAAUUCAAUAUCAAAGCCUGGAAGGAUAGCAAUGAACUGUCAACUGUGUACUAAAAAAUAUAAUCAGAAAACAAUCAUGACUAUUAACUAUACUAAUGAAUUAAACCCUUUGUGUAUACAAAUAAAGUAGAAAUAACAACUAUAGUAGACAACUAUAGUAGUCACAACUAUAUUUA